ACGAGGUGGCCGGCACGGGGCUGGGUCUGGAUGGCUACGUGGAGGCGGGAUGGCCGGCUAACCGGCAGCCAGAGGUUCCUGUGUGCGGGGCUGGCGGGGGCGUUCAGCCUCAGUCUCACCGCUCCCCUGGAGCUCGCCACUGUGCUGGCCCAAGUCGGCAGGGUGCAAAGCCACUCCCAGGGACUGUGGGCCACCGGACGCCGCGUGUGGCUGUCCGAAGGGCCAAGAGCCCUGUGGAAAGGGAAUGGCGUGGCGUGCCUGCGCCUCUUCCCCUGCAGUGUGGUGCAGCUGGCUGCCUACCGAAAGUUUGUUGUGUUAUUCAUGGAUGACCUGGGCCGUAUUUCCCAGUGGAGCUCCAUUGUGGCUGGAAGUCUCGCAGGCAUGGUUUCCACGAUUGUCACAUACCCUACAGACCUCAUCAAAACCCGAUUGAUUGUGCAGAACAUGCUGGAACCAUCUUACAGGGGGCUUAUUCAUGCUCUUUCUACUAUUUAUCAACAAGAAGGGUUCCUGGCCCUUUAUCGAGGGGCAUCCCUCACUGUUUUAGGUGCUGUUCCCUUCUCGGCUGGCUCUCUUCUAGUUUACGUGAACCUGGAAAAAAUCUGGACUGGACCCCGGGACCGCUUUUCUCACCUGCAGAACUUUGCCACUGUCUGUGUGGCCGCUGCUGUGAGCCAGACUGUCUCCUUCCCCUUUGACACUGUGAAGAGAAAGAUGCAGGCUCAAAGCCCUUAUCUUCCCCACUAUGGAGGAGUAGAUGUCCACUUCUCAGGAGCAGUGGACUGCUUCAGACAGAUAGUGAAGACCCAAGGGGUCCUGGGGCUCUGGAACGGACUGACGGCUAACUUACUGAAGGUAGUUCCAUAUUUUGGAGUUAUGUUUGGCAUGUUUGAGUUCUGUAAGAGAAUCUUUCUUUAUCAAAAUGGUUACACCCUGUCCCCCCUGACCUAUAAACUAACCCCAGGAGUGGACCAAAGUUUGAAACCCCAAGAGUUACGGGAAAUAAAGAAGUUAUUCUAACCCAGAAGACUGCACUCGAAAAUACCAACUCUGUAA